AUGAGUGUAGAGGAAAAUCAGAGAGGAGGAGGAAAGGAGAGAAGCAGGAGAGAAGAGGAUAACACGGGACAGGUAAAGGAGGAGAGGAGUGAGAACAGGGGGAGGGAGAAAAUAAAAGUGCAAAGGAUCAGAGGACAGGAAGGGAGGGAAAGGAAGAAAAACAACUAGAGCAGACAAGAAAAGAAAGAAGGGAGAAAAGAGGAGGAGAGGCAGGGUCUUUUUUUUACCCACUCUGAAAUUGAUAUACAUUUCAGGGGGAAAUUCCUUUGUGCUGGUCCUGGGGCUCUGCCAAGAACCCUGACUGGCAUUACAGGGGCGGGGGAGAGAGAGAUGAAGGGAUGGGGGAGGAAGAGGAGUGAUAUUUUGGCCAGCCUCCCCUUGGCUAACCUGGCCCAUAUUGUACAUGAGCUCCGUUUCCCCUGGGUCAUUAUCUGACACUGAUAACAGGGGGGUGGGGACGGAGGAGAGAAGAAGGAUGUCAGUGUUUUCACCCUGGGAAAGAGAGCUCCAUAGAGAUUAAAGGACAGGGAUGGUCAAUAUCACGUACAUCUGGCUGGAAAAGGAAGAGGGAACAAGACUAGAAAAAGGAAAUACAGAGGGGAUGGAUGGACAGGAGAAGCCCACAUUUUAAACAGUGCUGUUACAGUAACCCCUAUUCGACAUGUACACACACACACACACAAAUCGGAGGGCCUGUUGUCUGGACCUAUGGCAGUCUCUAUGGGGGUGCCACAGGGUUCAAUUCUUGGGCCGACUCUUUUCUCUGUGUAUAUCAAUGAUGUCGCUCUUGCUGCUGGUGACUCUCAGAUCCACCUCUACGCAGACGACACCAUUUUGUAUACAUCUGGCCCUUCAUUGGACACUGUGUUAACAAACCUCCAAACGAGCUUCAAUGCCAUACAACACUCCUUCAGUAGCCUCCAACUGCUCUUAAACACUAGUAAAACUAAAUGCAUGCUCUUCAAUCGAACGCUGCUGGCACCCGCCCACCCGACUAGAAUCACUACUCUCGACGGGUCUGACCUAGAGUAUGUGGACAACUACAAAUACCUAGGUGUCUGGUUAGACUGUAAACUCUCCUUCCAGACUCACAUUAAGAAUCUCCAAUCCAAAGUUAAAUCUAGAAUUGGUUUCCUAUAUCGCAACAAAGCCUCCUUCACUCAUGCUGCCAAACAUGCCCUCGUAAAACUGACUAUCCUACCGAUCCUUGACUUCGGCGAUGUCAUUUACAAAAUAGCCUCCAACACUCUACUCAGCAAAUUGGAUGUAGUCUAUCACAGUGCCAUCCGUUUUGUCUCCAAAGCCCCAUAUACUACCCACCACUGUGACCUGUACGCUCUUGUUGGCUGGUCCUCACUACAUAUUCGUCGCCAAACCCACUGGCUCCAGGCCAUCUAUAAAUCACUGCUAGGCAAAUCCCCGCCUUAUCUUAGCUCAUUGGUCACCAUAGCAACACCCACCCGUAGUAUGCGCUCCAGCAGGUAUAUCUCACUGGUCACCCCAAAGCCAACACCUCCUUUGGCCGCCAUUCCUUCCAGUUCUCUGCUGCCAAUGACUGGAACAAAUUGCAAAAAUCUCUGAAGCUGGAGACUCUUAUCUCCCACACUAACUUUAAGCAUCAGUUGUCAGAGCACCUUACCGAUCACUGCACCUGUACACAGCCCAUCUGAAAUUAGCCCACCCAACUACCUCAUCCCUAUAUUGUUAUUUAUUUUGCUCAUUUGCACCCCAGUAUCUCUAUUUGCACAUCAUCUAUUGCACAUCUAUCAUUCCAGUGUUAAUGCUAAUUGUAAUUAUUUUGCACUAUAGCCUAUUUAUUGCCUUACCUCCAUAACUUGCUACAUUUGCACACACUGUAUAUAUAUUUUCUGUUGUAUUUUUGACUUUAUGUUUUGUUUUACCCCAUAUGUAACUGUGUUGUUGUUUUUAUCGCACUGCUUUGCUUUAUCUUGGCCAGGUCGCAGUUGUAAAUGAGAACUUGUUCUGAACUGGCUUACCUGGCUAAAUAAAGGUGAAAUUAAAAUUUAAAAUUUAAAAAAUAAACACACACACAAACAGGCAAGUUGCUGCAGGGUGAGUAAAUAGGAGAGUGGCGACUGAAUGGUAUUUUACUGCUCCUGUAUUUAUGGCAGGUUAUUUUGACCAUGGGUGUUCUCUGCUCAAACUCUCAGAGUCAUUAAUUAACGUGUGUGUGUGUUUACACCCUCAACUUUCAAUCCCCCCUCCCAUAGUUUGUGAAUUCUAUUUUUAAAAUCACUCUCUAAUGCACAACACAUACCAUACACACAACACACACCACACACAUCAACAUGUGUCUGUGUGUGUGUGCACAUUCUUGUGAGUGAGUGUGUGUGUGUGUGUGUGUGUGUGUGUGUGUGUGUGUGUGUGUGUGUGUGUGUGUGUGUGUGUGUGUGUCUGAGGUUAACCUUACAUACCAAUGGAUGUUCUAAUCAGCUGAGAUGGAGGGAUGAAAGAAUGUGCAGAUUAUCACCCAGUAAUUGUUUCCAGAGUGUGGUAGCUACAUUUCACACUGCAACACCCACAUAGACAGGAGGGUGAAGUGACCCAUAGGAUCUGAUCUAAGGUCAGUUAAACAUGUUUCACUCUGUAGGUGAAGGUUGGGAUAUGAGAAGAUUAAACUGAUCCUAGAUUAACAUUUACAUUUACGUCAUUUAGCAGACGCUCUUAUCCAGAGCGACUUACAAAUUGGUGCAUUCACCUUAUAGCCAGUGGGAUAACCACUUUACAAUUUUUUGUGGGGUGGGGUAAGGGGGGGGGGGGGGUAGAAGGAUUACUUUAUCCUAUCUCAGGUAUUCCUUAAAGAGGUGGGGUUUCAAAUGUCUCCGGAAGGUGGUGAGUGACUCCGCUGUCCUGGCGUCGUGAGGGAGCUUGUUCCACCAUUGGGGUGCCAGAGCAGCGAACAGUUUUGACUGGGCUGAGCGGGAACUGUGCUUCCGCAGAGGUAGGGGAGCCAGCAGGCCAGAGGUGGAUGAACGCAAUGCCCUCGUUUGGGUGUAGGGACUGAUCAGAGCCUGAAGGUACGGAGGUGCCGUUCCCCUCACAGCUCCGUAGGCAAGCACCAUGGUCUUGUAGCAGAUGCAAGCUUCAACUGGAAGCCAGUGGAGUGUGCGGAGGAGCGGGGUGACGUGAGAGAACUUGGGAAGGUUGAACACCAGACAGGCUACGGCAUUCUGGAUGAGUUGUAGGGGUUUAAUGGCACAGGCAGGGAGCCCAGCCAACAGCGAGUUGCAGUAAUCCAGACGGAAGAUGACAAGUGCCUGGAUUAGGACCUGUGCCGCGGCUUCCUGUGUAAGGCAGGGUCGUACUCUCCGAAUGUUGUAGAGCAUGAACCUACAGGAUCGGGUCACUGCCUUGAUGUUAGCGGAGAACGACAGGGUGUUGUCCAGGGUCACGCCAAGGCUCUUCGCACUCUGGGAGGAGGACACAACUGAGUUGUCAACCGUGAUGGCGAGAUCAUGGAACGGGCAGUCCUUCCCCGGGAGGAAGAGCAGCUCCGUCUUGCCAAGGUUCAGCUUGAGGUGGUGAUCCGUCAUCCAUACUGAUAUGUCUGCCAGACAUGCAGAGAUGCGAUUUGCCACCUGGUUAUCAGAAGGGGGAAAGGAGAAGAUUAGUUGUGUGUCGUCUGCGUAGCAAUGAUAGGAGAGGCCAUGUGAGGAUAUGACAGAGCCAAGUGACUUGGUGUAUAGCGAGAAUAGGAGAGGGCCUAGAACUGAGCCCUGGGGGACACCAGUGGUGAGAGCACGUGGUGCAGAGACAGCUUCUCGCCACGCCACUUGGUAGGAGCGACCGGUCAGGUAGGACGCAAUCCAAGAGUGAGCCGCGCCGGAGAUGCCCAGCUCGGAGAGGGUGGAGAGGAUGGUUCACAGUAUCAAAGGCAGCAGACAGGUCUAGAAGGACAAGAGCAGAGGAGAGAGAGUUAGCUUUAGCAGUGUGGAGAGCCUCUGUGACACAGAGAAGAGCAGUCUCAGUUGAAUGACCAGUCUUGAAACCUGACUGGUUUGGAUCAAGAAGGUCAUUCUGAGAGAGAUAGCAAGAGAGUUGGCUAAAGACGGCACGCUCAAGAGUUUUGCAGAGAAAAGAAAGAAGGGAUACUGGUCUGUAGUUGUUGACAUCAGAGGGGUCGAGUGUUGGUUUUUUGAGAAGGGGUGCAACUCUCGCUCUCUUGAAGACGGAAGGGACAUAGCCAGCGGUCAAGGAUGAGUUGAUCAGCGAGGUGAGGUAAGGGAGAAGGUCACCAGAGAUGGUCUGGAGAAGAGAGGAGGGGAUAGGGUCAAGCGGGCAGGUUGUUGGGCGUCCGGCCGUCACAAGUUGCAAGAUUUUAUCUGGAGAGAGAGGGGAGAAAGAAGUCAAAGCAUAGGGUAGGGCAGUGUGAGCAGGACCAGCAGUGUCAUUUGACUUAACAAACGAGGAUCGGAUGUCGUCAACCUUCUUUUCAAAAUGGUUGACGAAGUCAUCCACAGAGAGGGAGGAGGGGGGAGGAGGGGGAGGAGGAUUCAGCAGGGAGGAGAAGGUGGCAAAGAGCUUCCUAGGGUUAGAGGCAGAUGCUUGGAAUUUAGAGUGGUAGAAAGUGGCCUUAGCAGCAGAAACAGAUUAAGAAAAUGUAGAGUGAAAAGAUGCCAGGUCCGCAGGGAGUCUAGUUUUCCUCCAUUUCCACUCGGCUGCCCGGAGCCCUGUUCUGUGAGCUCGCAAUGAGUCAUCAAGCCACGGAGCUGAAGGGGAGGACCGAGCCGGCCGGGAGGAUAGGGGACAUAGAGAGUCAAAGGAUGCAGAAAGGGAGGAGAGGAGGGUUGUGGAGGCAGAAUCAGGAGAUUGGAGGGAGAAGGAUUGAGCAGAGGGAAGAGAUGAUAGGAUGGAAGAGGAGAGAGUAGCGGGAGAGAGAGAGCGAAGGUUGCGACUGCGCAUUACCAUCUGAGUAGGGGCAGAGUGAGUAGUGUUGGAGGAGAGUGAGAGAGAAAAGGAUAUGAAGUAGUGGUCGGAGACAUGGAGGGGAGUUGCAGUGAGAUUAGUAGAAGAACAGCAUCUAGUAAAGAUGAGGUCAAGCGUAUUGCCUGCCUUGUGAGUAGGGGGGGACGGUGAGAGGGUGAGGUCAAAAGAGGAGAGGAGUGGAAAGAAGGAGGCAGAGAGAAAUUAGUCAAAGGUAGACGUAGGGAGGUUGAAGUCCCCCAGAACUGUGAGGGGUGAGCCAUCCUCAGAAAAGGAACGUAUCAAGGUGUCAAGCUCAUUGAUGAACUCUCCAAGGGAACCUGUAGGGCGAUAAAUGACAAGGAUGUUAAGCUUAAAUGGGCUAGUGACUGUGACAGUAUGGAAUUCAAAUGAGGAGAUAGACAGAUGGGUCAGGGGAAAAAUAGAGAAUGUCCACUUGGGAGAGAUGAGGAUUCCUGUGCCACCACCCCGCUGACCAGAUGCUCUCGGGGUAUGCGAGAACACAUGGUCAGACGAGGAGAGAGCAGUAGGAGUAGCAGUGCUUUCAGUGGUAAUCCAUGUUUCCGUCAGCGCCAAGAAGUCGAGGGACUGGAGGGUAGCAUAGACUGAGAUGAACUCUGCCUUGUUGGCCGCAGAACGGCAGUUCCAGAGGCUGCCUGAGACCUGGAACUCCACGUGGGUGGUGCGUGCAGGGACCAUCAGGUUAGAGAGGCAGCAGCCACGCGGUGUGAGGCGUUUGUAUAGCCUGUGCGGAGAGGAGAGAACAGGGAUAGACAGAGGCAUAGUUGACAGGCUACAGAAAAUGGCUACAAUAAUGCAAAGGAGAUCGGAAUUAAAUGAACUAAACAUCUGGGAAAGGAGAGAGCGGGCCUCCCUCACCACAACACCCAAAUAUAACUCUCCCAACUUCCACCUCAGAAACUAUAAUUGUUGUAAACUACAGCGGUUCAAUGUUUUCUAGGAAUAGACUAACUUAGUUUAUUCAUCUAGCUAACUUGGUACAGUAUUCUUCCAUGAAAAUCGUCCAGGGCACCUAGUCAUAAGACGCCACAGCCAGCUAGCAUGCCGGACUCCAACAACACGGUUUAGCACCAAUACCCGGCCACAACAAACCACCAGUGUGUCAACACGCUGAGCAGAUCAUUCGUGUCCGUGUCUAACGUUGUGGGUUAGUCCCGACAGCUUGAGCGAGUCCGUCGUCAACUUAUUCAGCCAGUUAGUUAGCUAGAAUAGUUAGCAUACUAGCUAGCCAUUGCUUUUAGACAAAGAAGAAACCCCUCCUUUCACGGCAUGAACACACAGAGAGAGCCAAGCUAACGUUAACUAGUCACCCAUGUCCCGAAUUCCUUGAACGACUCUGGCUACCAAUAUGUAAAAACAAAACACAAAUGUAGGUUAUAACUUACCCCUAGCAGCUACUGUUAGCUAGCCAAGUGCAAAGCUAGCCACUGAAUUGACUCAGCCAGUUCGCGUCUGUUCGCUAGGUCGUUCCAGCUAUUGUUUACUAGUAGCUAUCCAGGUAGCAACAAGCUAGCUAAAUUUCAAGCACAGUAGCCACUUACUACCUAACGUUAACGGUUCAGACAAUGAGGUUAGAAAACAGCUGAAUGGUAGGCAAUAUUGUAUGUAAUUAUUGUAAGCAGCCAGCUGGCGUAAUUACAGGCACUCUCAGGCGUGAAACAACUAUACCGUUGCUAAUAGUUGCCAGUAGCUACCCGCCAGCUAGUCCAGGUAGUGGGUUAGCUAGCUAGCUUCGUGCUUCACCGGGCUAGAUCUUUUGAGUAAAGGUGCAACCUCUACAUUGUUUUACCAAAAUAUGCUUUUUUUGAGGAAUGGUGGUGAUAUGUAGUUUCCUUACCUCGUUGAAUGCACUGACUGUCACUCUGGAUAAAAUACGUUCUUUAUAAUGUAAAAAUGUACACUGGGCUUCCAGUACUUUAUAAAGACCAGUGUAGGUCUCAGAUACUGUACUUACAGGUGUAGGAUCAUAAUUUGAGCCAGUUUGCUAUAGCAGGAAAACAAUCUUGCAGCACAGGAAAUGUGAAUUAUUAUAUGGAUUAUAAUUAAUUGACUUUUUUGUAGGGGUUGAUACAUUUUUCACAAGGGAAAUUACAAACUUCAGAAGCAUUUUUAAACCUCAAAUACCCUACAAGUUUUAAAAUGUCCUACAUUGCAGGAAAGCUCUGCAACAGGGUGAUCAACUUAAGAUCUUACAGCUGUACAUGGAUUUGAGUCCCCUUGAUAAUGGUCCUCUGUAGCUCAGCUGGUAGAGCACGGCGCUUGUAACGCCAAGGUAGUGGGUUCGAUCCCCGGGACCACCCAUACACAAAAAUGUAUGCACGCAUGACUGUAAGUCGCUUUGGAUAAAAGCGUCUGCUAAAUGGCAUAUUAUUAUUAUUAUGAUGAUCCUCCAGGGCCUGAGUAUAGCAUAGCAGUGAGAGGGUAACUACAGUAUAUCUCUCAAACCUCACUCAUCGCCUCAUCCCUACUUCAGAAUCAAAAGAGGGGGAAUCUUUAUUUCUCUUGUUCUUCUUCCCCCUCUCCCUCUCUUAUUUUCCAUUCCUCCUGAUUCAAAUGUUCAUCAUCAUACAUCACUCUGUUCAGACACACACGCACUCACUCACAGAUCUGUACUACACAGAGAAGAGCCUGACUUUCACCAACUCACUGUAAAUCAUGUUCUCUUACUAAAAGACUCUUUCCACAAGCGUCCAUACUGCAAAGACAAACAAUGAGGCAUUGAGAGCAAAAUCAUUCGACGAAUACGAAUAAUUGAAGUUUGUUUUUUAAACUGAUUUUCCAUUUCAGAACCAGCGGACAAGCGAGCAAUUUCCUCCACAGCCCUGACCUCAACCAAAUUUUAACCAAUUUGGAAAUCACAUAUCGGUUAGCACUGAGGCCUCAGUGUCCCAGAACCCAAACAAUCUGAUUAGAGUAAAUAAAGUUCAAUUUCCUAAUCCCAGGAGUUCCUAAUCCCAGGAGUUCCUAAUCCCAGGAGCUCCUAAUCCCAGGAGCUCCUAAUCCCAAGAAGCAAGUCCAGAUUCCAGAGCAGGGAUGGAUUUUAAAGGGACAAGGGGAUCGGUAGUCCGAUGAUGGCUGAAGUUCAUUGAUUUGGUUGUUAGAUCAGAGGAGUUAUCUAAUGAUUGAUUGAGGCCAUAAAGAGACAGUGAAUGGGUCGCUAUACUGUGGAGAAGCUUCCUUUCCUCCCUCCUUCAUUUCCUCAUCUGACCAGUCUGGGUAGGUGGAAUGAACAAGGAGGAUAUGCUACCUCAUCCAUUCUCAAAUGGUGACAUCAGGACCCACGUACGUGAGUAGAGGCAGACUGAGUUGAAGAUUAGUGGGCAUUUGGAGAGCAAAGGUCAUGCCCUGUCAAGAGGCAACACUUUGGGAGAGACUAAGGGUCCGUGACUGACGUGCUAACCGAUAUGUGAUUUCCAAAUUGGUUAAAAUUCGGUUAAGGUCAGUGUUUGUUUAACAGAAUGGUUGAGGUUAUUUUAUUGCCGUUCACAUGGUAGAAUAAUAAACGUGAACAGUUAUUGAAUUAGUAGAAAUGAUAAGCUGUGUAAAAUGGAAUGGAUGAGAUUCUGUAGAACCAACUGUAGAAUUCCUUUUCCCAUUGUUCUCAGUACACAAUGGUGUGUUUGCAUUAGAAUUAUUCUAUAACCCAUCUUAAUAUUGUUGAACAUCCAUCCAGGAAGCUAAAUAUACAGUCAAUGUCUUCUAAUGCCCUCCAUCCCUCAGUCAAUCCAUAUUUGCAGCAUGUUUACAUUAUGAAAAUCAUACUCUCACUGCUAGAAAACAAACCUCUCUUCUGCUCUGUCCGCCAUCAUCAUUUAACAGAUAGCAUCACUACUGACUUCCUGAGACCUGAAUAAAUAAUAUGCCAUUUAGCAGACGCUUUUAUCCAAAGCGACUUACAGUCGUGCGUGCAUACAUUUUUUGUGUAUGGGUGGUCCCGGGGAUCGAACCCACUACCUUGGCGUUACAAGCGCCGUGCUCUACCAGCUGAGCUACAGAGGACCACAAGUAGUGUCAGUCCAACCCAUUCUACCACACCCAUGGUUUUGGUAAGCUAGUGGUUAACACAGUAGCACUUUAGCACAUUAGCUCAAUCUGUUGGACCUGACCAGACAGGCUGAUCAUAGGUUGUCUCCAUACUGGGUGAUGGUUAAAGACUAACCCAAACCUUAUGAAGAAGAGGAGUAAAAAGUCAAAAUCAAAUCAAAAUCAAAUGACAUUUUAUUUGUCACAUGCGCCGAAUACAACCUUACCAUGAAAUGCUUACUUACAAGCCCUUAACCAACAAUGCCGUUUUAAGAAAAUAUUUACUAAAUCAACUAAAGUUUAAAAAGUAACACAAUAAAAUAACAAUAAUGAGGCUAUAUACAAGGGGUAACGGUACCGAGUCAAUCAUGUCAUAUUGUUUAUUCUUUUCUGAUGUCAAUAAGUGGUAUCAAGAAAAUACUGUAACUUGGAAAGUAUAUCACCAUUAUCUGUCAAGUUUUCAUCCAAUACGUUGUGUAUAUAAUAUGAAAAAUGAUGAAAGUAUCUUUGUUAAGAUAGGAAUGUGAUUUUAGUUUUCUAAUAAGAUAAAUGUUUUUAAUAUAAGCUUUACACAGUAACUAGCCAUGUCCCGAGUGAGCUCAGAGAGCGUGUCAGCAUGUGGAACGCCCUUCGGCCAGAGUGCAUAAAAAGCCUUGGAAAUGAAAUUAACAUUAGACCAGAAAGACGUGAGGCGGUCACUACAUGUCUGAAAGUGGUUGGAACGUUGAACCUCAACACGAGGUGAAGAAGAUCACCUCCCAGACUAGACCCGAACAUUGCCAGGCUGCAGCUGUGCAUGUAAAGUGGUUCAAACUCUGACUAACCACACGUGGUGGAGAGGAGAACUCCCCUCUCAGACAAUCACUGGUACAGCUAAUUAGCUGUUCUAAAGAAACACUCCACUACAGACCAGGACAACUAAGAAAAAGGACAUUGUGACCUCUUGUGGACAAUCAGAGCCUUACAAGGGAGCUGAGUGAAGACCCAGCCAAACCCCCUUUCAAGAAGACUUGGGACAACAGAGAUAAAUGGCAAAUAAAGGCAUUCAAACACAUAAAUACAUUCAUGAUUUCUUACUCCAAACGGGCGGUGGUUCGUGUGCAAAGUAAAUGAUUACGGUGAGCGUAGUUUCCAAAUGUACGAUAAGUGUGUCUCUCUUUUUUUCUCUCUCUCUCUCUCUACCCCUCCCUCUUUUGGUAAACAAGCAGUCAUGUUGUUGUUAGUCUGUUAGGGAACUUUUUCUCAUGUAUUAAGUGUGUAUAUUUUUCUGUGUUAUUAUAUAGUUAGCUAGUAAAAAAAUUAUUAAACCAAUUUGUGUAGUGCUGAAUCAUAAGUACAGCUGGGGGUUUUGCUGAUCCAAGAAAGUUAAAACUGUUCAGAAUGAUAUGAUAAGAGGUUAUGAAUUAAUACGUUGACUAUUUUAUGGAUGUGAUACAGUUGAAGUCGGAAGUUUACAUACACCUUAGCCAAAUACAUUUAAACUCAGUUUUUCACAAUUCCUGAAAUGUAAUCCUAGUAAAGAUUCCGUGUCUUAGGUCAGUUAGGAUCACCACUUUAUUUUACGAAUGUGAAAUGUCAGAAUAAUAGUAGAGAGAAUGAUUUAUUUCAGCUUUUAUUUCUUUCAUCACAUUCCCAGUGGGUCAGAAGUUUACAUACACUCAAUUAGUAUUUGGUAGCAUUGCCUUUAAAUUGUUUAACUUGGGUCAAACGUUUCGGGUAGCCUUCCACAAGCUUCCCACAAUAAGCUCCUGACAGAGCUUGUGUAACUGAGUCAGGUUUGUAGGCCUCCUUAAUCACACACGCGUUUUCAGUUCUGCCCACCAAUGUUCUAUAAGAUUGAGGUCAGGGCUUUGUGAUGGCCACUCCAAUACCUUGACUUUGUUGUCCUUAAGCCAUUUUGCCACAACUUUGGAAGUAUGCUUGGGGUCAUUGUCCAUUUGGAAGACCCAUUUGCGACCAAGCUUUAACUUCCUGACUGAUGUCUUCAGAUGUUGCUUCAGGCAUUUGUGGAACCUUCAGGCAUUUGGAAAUUGCUCCCAAGGAUGAACCAGACUUGUGGAGGUCUACACAUUUUUUUCUGAGGUCUUGGCUGAUUUAUUUUGAUUUUCCCAUGAUGUCAAGCAAAGAGGCACUGAGUUUGAAGGUAGGCCUUGAAAUACAUUCACAGGUACACCUCCAAUUGACUCAAAUGAUGUCAAUUAGCCUAUCAGAAGCUUCUAAAGCCAUGACAUAAUUUUAUGGAAUUUUCCAAGCUGUUUAAAGGCACAGUCAACUUAGUGUAUGUAAACUUCUCACCCACUGGAAUUGUGAUACAGUGAAUUAUAAGUGAAAUAAUCUGUCUAUAAACAAUUGUUGGAAAAAUUACUUGUGUCAUGCACAAAGUAGAUGUCCUAACCGACUUGCCAAAACUAUAGUUUGUUAACAAGAAAUUUGUGGAGUGGUUGAAAAACUAGUUUUAAUGACUCCUACCUAGGUGUAUGUAAACUUACAACUUCAACUGUAGGUAAAGACCUUUAGAGUUUAAUUCGGGAGACGGUAACUCUUUAAACAACUUCUUCCGUAGUGCCCCAAAUCCUAAUGAGUUAAUUGUUACAUGAUUAAUUUAAUCGAUUAACAAUUAAACAUAGUUAGUUGAUUCGAUAAAUAACAGCCAUCAGAUUAAUGCAUUAUUGUAGCCAUUUUCUGUAGCCUGUCAACUAUGCCUCUGUCUAUCCCUGUUCUCUCCUCUCCGCACAGGCUAUACAAACGCCUCUCACUGCGUGGCUGCUGCCUCUCUAACCUGGUGGUCCCUGCACGCACAACCCACGUGGAGUUCCAGGUCUCCGGCAGCCUCUGGAACUGCCGUUCUGCGGCCAACAAGGCAGAGUUCAUCUCAGCCUAUGCUACCCUCCAGUCCCUCGACUUCUUGGCGCUGACGGAAACAUGGAUUACCACUGAAAACACUGCUACUCCUACUGCUCUCUCCUCGUCUGACCAUGUGUUCUCGCAUACCCCGAGAGCAUCGAGCAUCUGGUCAGCGGGGUGGUGGCACAGGAAUCCUCAUCUCUCCCAAGUGGACAUUCUCUCUUUUUCCCCUGACCCAUCUGUCUAUCUCCUCAUUUGAAUUCCAUGCUGUCACAGUCACUAGCCCAUUCAAGCUUAACAUCCUUGUCAUUUAUCGCCCUCCAGGUUCCCUUGGAGAGUUCAUCAAUGAGCUUGACGCCUUGAUAAGUUCCUUUCCUGAGGAUGGCUCACCCCUCACAGUUCUGGGUGACUUCAACCUCCCCUACGUCUACCUUUGACUCAUGUCUCUCUGCCUCCUUCUUUCCACUCCUCUCCUCUUUUGACCUCACCCUCUCACCGUCCCCCCCUACUCACAAGGCAGGCAAUACGCUUGACCUCAUCUUUACUGGAUGCUGUUCUUCUACUAAUCGCACUGCAACUCCCCUCCAAGUCUCCGACCACUACUUUGUAUCCUUUUCUCUCUCGCUCUCCUCCAACACUACUCACUCUGCCCCUACUCAGAUGGUAACCCUAGGAAGCUCUUUGCCACAUUCUCCUUCCUGCUGAAUCCCCCCCCCCCCCCCCCCCCCCCCCCCCCCUCCCUCUCUGUGGUUGACUUCGUCAACCAUUUUGAAAAGAAGGUUGACGACAUCCGAUCCUCGUUUGUUAAGUCAAAUGACACUGCUGGUCCUGCUCCCACUGCCCUACCCUAUGCUUUGACUUCUUUCUCCCCUCUCUCUCCAGAUGAAAUCUUGCGACUUGUGACGGCCGGCCACCCAACAACCUGCCCGCUUGACCCUAUCCCCUACUCUCUUCUCCAGACCAUCUCCGGUGACCUUCUCCCUUACCUCACCUCGCUCAUCAACUCAUCCUUGACUGCUGGCUAUGUCCCUUCCGUCUUCAAGAGAGCGAGAGUUUCACCCCUUCUCAAAAAACCAACACUCGAUCCCUCUGAUGUCAACAACUACAGACCAGUAUCCCUUCUUUCUUUUCUCUCCAAAACUCUUGAGCGUGCCGUCUUUAGCCAACUCUCUUGCUAUCUCUCUCAGAAUGACCUUCUUGAUCCAAACCAGUCAGGUUUCAAGACUGGUCAUUCAACUGAGACUGCUCUUCUCUGUGUCACGGAGGCUCUCCGCACUGCUAAAGCUAACUCUCUCUCCUCUCUUCUUGUCCUUCUAGACCUGUCUGCUGCCUUUGAUACUGUGAACCAUCAGAUCCUCCUCUCCACCCUCUCCGAGUUGGGCAUCUCCGGCGCGGCUCACUCUUGGAUUGCGUCCUACCUGACCGGUCGCUCCUACCAAGUGGCGUGGCGAGAAUCUGUCUCCGCACCACGUGCUCUCACCACUGGUGUCCCCCAGGGCUCAGUUCUAGGCCCUCUCCUAUUCUCGCUAUACACCAAGUCACUUGGCUCUGUCAUAUCCUCACAUGGCCUCUCCUAUCAUUGCUACGCAGACGACACACAACUAAUCUUCUCCUUUCCCCCUUCUGAUAACCAGGUGGCGAAUCGCAUCUCUGUAUGUCUGGCAGACAUAUCAGUGUGGAUGACGGAUCACCACCUCAAGCUGAACCUCGGCAAGACGGAUCUGCUCUUCCUCCCGGGGAAGGACUGCCCGUUCCAUGAUCUCGCCAUCACGGUUGACAACUCUGUUGUGUCCUCCUCCCAGAGUGCGAAGAGCCUUGGCAUGACCCUGGACAACACCCUGUCGUUCUCCGCUAACAUCAAGGCGGUUACCCGAUCCUUUAGGUUCAUGCUCUACAACAUUCGGAGAGUACGACCCUGCCUUACACAGGAAGCGGCACAGGUCCUAAUCCAGGCACUUGUCAUCUCCCGUCUGGAUUACUGCAACUCGCUGUUGGCUGGGCUCCCUGCCUGUGCCAUUAAACCCCUACAACUCAUCCAGAAUGCCGCAGCCCGUCUGGUGUACCAACCUUCCCAAGUUCUCUCACUUCACCCCGCUCCUCCACACACUCCACUGGCUUCCAGUUGAAGCUCGCAUCUGCUACAAGACCAUUGUGCUUGCCUAUGGAGCUGUGAGGGGAACGGCACCUCCGUACCUUCAGGCUCUGAUCAGUCCCUACACCCAAACGAGGGCAUUGCGUUCAUCCACCUCUGGCCUGCUGGCCCCCCUACCUCUGCGUAAGCACAGUUCCCGCUCAGCCCAGUCAAAACUGUUCGCUGCUCUGGCACCCCAAUGGUGGAACAAGCUCCCUCACGACGCCAGGACAGGGGAGUCACUCACCACCUUCCGGAGACACUUGAAACCCCACCUCUUUAAGGAAUACCUGGGAUAGGAUAAAGUAAUCCUUCUACCCCCCCCUUACCCCACCACAAAACACAUAUUGUAAAGUGGUUAUCCCACUGGCUAUAAGGUGAAUGCACCAAUUUGUAAGUCGCUCUGGAUAAGAGCGUCUGCUAAAUGACGUAAAUGUAAAUGUAAAUGUAAUUAAUGAAAGUCACCUCACGACAAUGUACUCCAGAUUGGGUCGAUCUUUCCUUAACAGAAGAUAUGGUACCGCUGAACAAUAUGUUUGCCUAUUGACUGGUGGUGUCCAAUCAGAGACGGGUGGGGGUGUGUGCUUGUGUUUGCAUGCAUAUGUGUGUAGGUGUGUUUGUGCACUCUGCAAAGCCGGUUGGAAAUUAACCCAAAGGGUAAUUCUUAGCAGUUCUGUAUAUUUUCCCAGAGCUAACCACUAUGAGAUACACACCAUCGUGCUAUAGCUCUGGGUUCCAGAGCAUUUCUCAAGCCCAGCUUGGCAAGCCAAGAUACACAAGACAAUUACACUGCUUUCUGACUCACCUUAUGUGCUGGGUGCAUUUUUGUUGAACCAUAGAGGAGGAGCCUCCAACACUUACCCAUCAGUACAUUUUCUUUCCAUUUAUUUGAAUGUUGGAAUUGUGUACCUCAUGUCUCGCUGGUUUCUGGGUUUGGAAACGUACAGGAGGACAAGAAAGAAAGCUCACAGAUCUUUAGCUUUGAACCCUUCCCUCCAUCCAUCCAUCCCUCCAUCCCUCCAUCCCUCCAUCCCUCCCUGCUUUCUCUCUAAUGGAAGUGGUGGAACCGGAGGAAGAGGGAGCUUAUGGAGGGUGAGAAUGCCACAGGAGGGAGGUGAUUAGCAGAGACCUUUCAUUUACUGUAUGGUUUCUGUAUUACAGUACAGUCGUUUUGUGCCAAACAUUUUCUCCAUGGAAGGAAUGCCUUCUUAACCAGUUCCAUGUGAAUGGGUUUUCACAGGCAACCACAACCCACUGGUCGGGAGAGGGUUCAGGCUUUAAACAAAGGGGAGAAGUAUGUAGUGGACAAAGAGAGAGGGAGGAAGGAAGGGAGGGAGAUAAAGAAGAGGAAUAAAGAAAGAGAAGAGAUUGAGUGAGCGAGACAGGUACAGGGAGAGGGAUGGAAUGAGAGACAGAGAGAUAUGUAAAUGGAGGAAGGAGAGAAGGAGAAAGAGGGAGACAGGAAGAAAGACAAAGAGGGAGGACGCAGCACUAAAUAGUGUUGUUGUUUUCUUCUGUUUGGGACCGUCUGUCUUCAAAAGGGUCCAAGGGGAUACAGAAGUGUCAGAGAUCAGUACCCAGAAUGUGUUCCCAUGUUCAGACAGCUAUGUUCCUAGCCUUAGCCAAGCUGUUAUCCACUCCAUUUGGUAUGCACAUCAAUCAACAAGGAAUCAUAUGACUUAAUAAUGUCUAGCAGUAGAGGGACUUGUGAACUAAACAAUGUGGCUUUGGGUUUCAUGUGAGUAGGGUUGUAAAAUUCCAGAACUUUCCCAAAAUUCUCUGGUUUUCCAGAAAUCCCGGUUUGAAAAUUCCUGGAAAUAGGAGGAAAUAAGAAAGAACUAUGGGAAUCCUCCAACGAGGAUUUCUGGAACACCUGAGAAUUUUGGGAAAGUUACUGGAAUUUGCAACCCUACAUAUGAGACAAAGGCUUAUAUUUUCUACAAAACUUUUCCCUGACACAACAAGGCAUUGCUGGAGUUACAGUUGAAGUCGGAAGUUUACAUACACCUUAGCCAAAUACAUUUCACAAUUCCUGACAUUUAAUCCUAGCAAUAAUUCCCUGUCUUAGGUCAGUUAGGAUCACCACUUUAUUUUAAGAAUGUGAAAUGUCAGAAUAAUAGUAGAGAGCUUUUAUUUAUUUCAUCUCAUUCCCAGUUGGUAGCAUUGCCUUUAAAUUGUUUAACUUGCGUCAAACGUUUCGGGUAGCCUUCCACAAGCUUCCCACAAUAAGUUGGGUGGACUUUGGCCCAUUCCUCCUGACAGAGCUGGUGUAACUGAGUCACGUUUGCCCACACAUUUUCUAUAGGAUUGAGGUCAGAGCUUUGUGAUGGCCACUCCAAUACCUUGACUUUGUUGUCCUUAAGCCAUUUUGCCACAACUUUGGAAGUAUGCUUGGGGUCAUUGUCCAUUGGGAAGAUCCAUUUGCGACCAAGCUUUAACUUCCUGACUGAUGUCUUGAGAUGUUGCUUCAAUAUAUCCACAUCAUUUUCCUUCCUCAUGAUGCCAUCUAUUUUGUGAAGUGCACCAGUCCCUCCUGCAGCAAAGCACCCCCACAGCAUGAUGCUGCCACCCCCGUGCUUCACGGUUGGGAUGGUGUUCUUCGGCUUGCAAGCGUUCCCCUUUUUCCUCCAAACAUAACGAUGGUCAAUAUGGCCAAACAGUUCUAUUUUUGUUUCAUCAGACCAGAGGAUAUUUCUCCAAAAACUACGAUCUUUGUUCCCAUGUACAGUUGCAAAUCGUAGUCUGGCUUUUUUUAUGGCGGUUUUGGAGCAGUGGCUUCUUCUUUGCUGAGCGGCCUUUCAGGUUAUGUCGAUAUAGGACUUAGAUAAUUUUGUACUUGUUUUCUCCAGCAUAUUCACAAGGUCCUUUGCUGUUGUUCUGGGAUUGAUUAGCACUUUUCGCACCAAAGUAUGUUCAUCUCUAGGAGACAGAACGCGUCUCCUUCCUGAGCGGUAUGACGGCUGCGUGGCCCCAUGGUGUUUAUACUUGUGUAGUAUUGUUUGUACAGAUGAAUGUGGUACCUUCAUGUGUUUGGAAAUUGCUCCCAAGGAUGAACCAGACUUGUGGAGGUUUAAAAAAAAAAAUCUGAGGUCUUGGCUGAUUUCUUUUGAUUUUCCCAUGAUGUCAAGCAAAGAGGCACUGAGUUUGAAGGUAGGCCUUGAAAUACAUCCACAGGUACUCCUCCAAUUGACUCAAAUGAUGUCAAUUAGCCUAUCAGAAGCUUCUAAAGCCAUGACAUAAUUUUCUGGAAUUUUCCAAGCUGUUUAAAGGCACAGUCAACUUAGUGUAUGUAAACUUCUGACCCACUGGAAUUGUGAUACAGUGAAUUAUAAGUGAAAUAAUCUGUCUGUAAACAAUUGUUGGGAAAAUUACUUGUGUCAUGCACAAAGUAGAUGUCCUAAAUUUGUGGAGUGGUUGAAAAACAAGUUUUAAUGACUCCAACCUAAGUGUAUGUAAACUUCUGACUUCAACUGUAUAUGAGGCCACAGGAUGGGAGGAAUAUUCCCAAGUAAUGUAUUGUUCAGAGUGUGUCUUCUGUCUUCCCACUCCCUAAUGAAGACAUUACAGUCCAAACAUUAAAUCACACUUCAAAGAAGAGAAGAGUGUGAUGUUAUUUAUCUUUCCAAUAUGUUAUAUCUCCAUUAGUUAUCACCUAAUGAGAACUUGUUCUCAACUGGCUUACCUGGUUAAAUAAAGGUGAAAUAAAAAUAAAUAAAAAAUAACCCAGCUUUUGAUAUAAAGUAAAUUAGUUAUCCGAUUUCAGACGGGGUUAGAAUACCAACGAAGUCAUGAUUGAGUUUCUAAGUACAUUCAAACCAAAGGUCUAUAUUUAGAGUAAAAUUAGGUAUAUUGUAAGAAGUAGCCAGCUGUUUGAAGUUGCUUGGCUUUACUAUAGUACAUAAUCACAACAAGAUGUACAGUAUGUGAAAACAUGCAAACAUAUAGGAGACGUCAAACAGCGCACUAAACACUAUUCAUGCUCUUUAUACAUACAUUUGAGAGUUCAUGACUUCCGCUGUCCGCACCCGUGACAAAUUUACACAAUUUACCCAUAAUUGCAGAAAUAAUAAGUAAUUAAUAUAUUUUCCGAAGAGACUCGCGCUGCAGUUCACUUACAGUUUCUCUUCCCAAGAGAAAACAAAUAAUGUCCUCAUUUUCUCCCUCUAACAGUGAUUUUUGUUUUACGACCCAAGGCACACACAGUUGAGACGGAUGCAAAGGUUAAAUGUUUGUUUGCUCUGGGAGAUUUUACUUCAUUGGAUCACUCUGUUGGGGGCGGCAGGUAGCUUAGUAGUUAAGAGCGUUGUGCCAGUAACCGAAAGGUUGCUGGUUCUAAUCCCCGAGCCGACUAGGUGAAAAAUCUGUCGAUGUGCCCUUGAACAAGGCACUUAACCCUAAUUGCUCAUGUAAGUCGCUCUGGAUAAGAGCGUCUGCUAAAUGACUAAAAUGUAAAUGUAAAACUGUGACUGACAACAAAAGGACAACUGUGUUUCUGAGGGGUUGGCUGUAGUUUCCGAGCACGCUGCGCACAAAAGGCAUGCUAAUAGCAGGAAACUGUAAAUAUGGCCAGAGACACUGACCACACAACGUAGGGUCAAUCUGUGCUGCUGUCAAUCUGGACUAUACACUACUGUAGAUACAAGCUCAGUAUGCAUCCCAAAUGGCACCCUGUUCCCUGUGUAGUGAACUGGGCCCUGGUCAAAAUUAGUGCACUAUAAAGGGAAUAGGGUGCCAUUUGGGACGCAUCUCAGUCACCAUGGAUGGGUCAAUCUAAGCCGGAAAGGCUCGAUAACAGCUAUUGCAGUUGUUAGGGACGGUGACGACUGUGUGAGGUUAGGACAGAUGUGAACAAGAAGACAUUGGGCGACAUUUUUAUAGUGCAAAAUAAUUGUGCAAACCACUAAAAUUACCAUGAACCUCAUUAAAUUCUAGCAGCAUGAUUCAAUUUGAAACUUUUCUUCAACAAUUGAUUUUAUAAAGAGGUGACUAUUUAUGUAAUGCUUAGUUUAUUAAAUAAUCGGCUCCUUAUAACGCACAUUGUUGUUGAAGAAAAGUUUCAAAUUAAAUCACACUGCACGAUUACAAUUAGGUUUAGGGUAUUUAUUUAACUUUGAACAGUUACUUUGCGCUGCAAAAAUGUUGCCCACCACCCUAUAGUGUUAGUGCAGACAGACCCUUCAACUGAACUGUCUGAACUGAAGACGUCAUGAGGAGGCCAAAGGAACAAGCAACUCCUUAACCUAAAAGAGUCCUGUGUUACUGUUAAUAUUUCAGAGGAAACCCCUAUGUAAUGUCCAGCCCAACCUUUUAUGAUAUUUUUCCACAAACAUAAUCAGUGUUAUCCCUUUUCGAUUGGUCUCUUGCCCUUUAUCGUGCCAGACAUAUGCAGACACCACAAGCGCACACACAAGCACACCCACACGCACGCACACACACACAUACACAAAACGCACUCAAACACGUACAAUCACACACUCAGGAGACACACACACACACGCACACACAUUUGAAUAUAUAGCACAAUAGACAGUGUCAUGCCACCCCAUGUGUGAACUAAUGGACAGAGUUCCAACAAUAACGUUUACUCAUCUGUCUCAGGAAAAAAACUGCUUGGCCACUCGCUAGCCAUAGCAGGAAAUCUCUGAAAGCAAAUGUACUCCACACACAGGCUCGAAUGCACACACACACCACACACACACACACACACUUUUAUAUUCAUCAUAUGCUGCUGCUACUCUGUUCUUUGUUGUGUUGUGUCGGUAUUUGUGUGUUUAUGUGCGUUUGUGUUGUCGGUAUGCGUGUGUGUGUGUUAUGUAUGUGUGUGUGUAUGUAGUGUAUGUGAAUGUGUGUGGGUUUUGUGUGAGAGUGUCAGUGUAGUGAGUGUGUAUACAGUGUGUAAAUACUGUAUAGUCUUGUGAGUGUGCACAGAGUCAGUGCAAGAUAGGGUCAGUGCAGAUAGUUCAGGUAACCAUUUAAUUAACAAUUUAGCAGUCUUAUGGCUAUUUAGCAGUCUUAUGGCUUGGGGGUAGAAGCUGUUCAGGAGCCUGUUGGUCCGAGAGCUGAUGAUCCGGUACCAUUUGCCGGACGCACACAGACAUGCAUCCUCUCACACAAUAGUUGAUGUGGUGUCCGAGACAACGAUGCUGAUUAUGCUGUGAUGAUAAGAAUUCCGCUGACGCUGUACUUUGAUUAUAAAGGUUUAUUGUAUCAAAGAUCACAGUAUCAAUUUACAGACAUCUGCAGAUAUCUGGAGAAUAACCGGACCCAAUCUCUGAUAUGUUAUUUCUCCCCGUCCUUUGUUCAAAACAUGGUAUUUAUCCUAUGUAACAUAAGAUGGGUGGUUUUUGACAGACCAAUCCCUGGCCUCCACAUAUCUCCAAAUGUCCUCUAUUCCAAGAAGCCUAUGUAGUAAUGCUUUCCAGAUGUUUCAGCAAAGCAGAGUAAAGUUAAUCUAUUACACCAUUUGCAAAUGUCAGCAAAAUCAUAGACCUUCAGACACUACAUAUUUCCCCCCUUCAAGACUAAUUAAGUCUCGAAAACAAAAAAGAAUAGGAUUAUGACAAAUAACAAUUUUUGUUCUUGAGUAACUUCAGCAAUAAACCAACAUUUAUGGAGAGUAAACACAUGUUAAUAAAGACACAUUUUUGUAUGGAGUGUAAAUACAUUGUUAUGGAGUGUAAAUAAAUUGUUAUGGAGUGUAAGAGCGAAAAACCUGUCUGGCAGCUUUCAUUCCAAAUAUCCAUCAAUCAAUCAAGACAGGAAAAUUCUCUCACGGCCCCUCUGCCCCAGGCGACCACCUAAGUACUCCAGAUCAAUUUAUAAAUCUUUAUCAAUGCAUUUUAAACUAUGAUGCAAUUGAAUACACAUGAAAACCUCAGCAAACAAAAUACAAUCAAAAAUGUCCACAUUCAGGCUGGUCGACCCAUCGGACCCUCCUGUGGAUUCUCUCUGUCCCUGCCUAGACCCAAUAUCCCUAAGCUUCAACGAAAUAAACAAAAACAUCUGAGGUCCCCACAUGUACCCAACAACAGAAAACAUAAUUCUUCAAAAAUGAAUACAGAAAGAAUAUAACACUGGAAUGUAGUCUACUACACUGCAGCUCCUCCACAGUGUCGACUUUCAAUGCAACGUCGAUGAUGGAAUCUGAACAUUUCCACACCUUCCUUGUUCCACUUCCUCCAGUCCAUUCAUAUUGUCCAUGUUUGAGUAUUUGAAUACCACUCUCCACAUCCCCAUAUACUUCUGGAAGAAAAGAAAACACCAACCAGUAUCUUUUGCAAAACAACACAUGCAAAUUAAUACAUCAAUAUCAACAAUAAUAUAAGAAUGAUAUAUAAAAUGAUAUAUAAGAUGAAUCACAUUCCAUUUCCCCCCUUUGAUUCAUAAGAAAAUACUAAAUAUCACAAUAAUAUGUAAAGACGUAAAACAUUAUCACACAAUCAGAUAUUGAAAAUGUCCUAGAGUUACUUCAACCCUAGUUUUCAUAACUUUUUAGUCUGACUUAUUAUUUAAAAAAAAUUCAAUUUUUUCAAAAACCAUUUCACUGAUUUAUCCACAAAACUCUUUCCCAUUUUCUGAGGAUAUUAAAUCGGGAAAUUCCCACCUGCUUAUGACUUCUUUUCACAAGAACUUUGCAACCGACUGAGCAUAUUUUAGCUUAGUUGGACAUCUUAUGCACCUCUCGGUGUAGGAAUGUAACCAAGAAUAACAGUCACACCCCUGCAAACAUUAUUUUUCAGACAGAUUGUGCACCUGCCUAUGACAUAGUCAACCUGUUAAAGCAAAUAUGGUUCCCAAAAACCAUACUCCUUUGUGAUCUUUCUCCUAACCUCCCCCCUUGCAACAUGACCUAUAUAUCGUAUCGGGGAACCAUCCGUUUUCUUAAACCCUCAACCUUUCCACACUGCUCCAAACAAAUGACAUACACUAUGUGUGUAUGCUAAAUCAGUGUAUAUCGUCACUCGCUUUCCUUCUGCUAACAAACAUGCUUCUGUUAGCCCCACAAGUUCAGCAAGUUGUGCAUACGCAGGCUGUGGUAUUACUUCAGCCUUUUCAACAACAAAUCCAGUUCCUUGGGCUUUAACUACCGCAUAGCCAGCACACAAUUUAUCUCCCACACGAUAACAAGACCCAUCAGUCCAAUACUCCAGGUCUGCCUCACGUAAUGGAAAGGCUUGCAAAUCUGAUCUAAGCCUCGAGUAUUUCUCUGCUUCUUGGACACAAUCAUGUGGCUCACCAUCCUCUGAAGUUGGCAAAUUCUCGGCUGGAUUCACCGUAUCACACCUCACUAGGGUGACAUCUUCCUGUUCUAAGAGCCUAUGAUAGUCUCUGAGCCUAGGCAUAGUCAAUGUAUAUUUUCCAAAGUUCAGAAGAUUUCUGAGACUGUGAUGGGUAAGAAUUGUUACUGGGUAACCCAUCGUAACAGAUGAUGCUUUGUCAUACAUUAAAUAUACUCCCACCAUUGCUCUGUAGCACAGUGGUAGCCCUAGUUCUACUUCUGAAUAGGCAGUAGAGUAGUAGGAAAUAGGCUGAGGAUUCGUCCCUGUGCCUUUCGGCUGACAAAGAACUGCACAUGCAUAUUUACCUCCAGUAGAAGUAGACACAUAUAGCAAAACAUUCUUAGAGUAGUCUGGUAGUGUGAGUGCAGGUGCCUCCUGCAACCUCUAUUUGAUCGUUUCAAAUGCCACAAGGCCUUCCUGUGUCCAGGAAAGAUUGCUAUGGAGUUGACCACUUCCAGUAUCCUUAACCAUAGCUCUCAAAGGUCCCGUCAAACUAGCAUAGCUCUCAACCCAAGCUGAAGAAUAACCAGCAAUACCAAUAAAUGUCAUCAUCUCUCUGACAGUUCUAGGCUUCGGAGCCUUACGAAUAGUUUCCAAUUGACUAUCCGAAAUACUUCUGUAUCCAUGCGUUAUUUUCUGACCCAAAUAAACAACCUUCUCCUGGCAAUAUUGCAACUUUUUCUGUGAUACCUUAUGCCCCUUUUCUGCCAAUACCUGUAGCAAUUUAAUUGAGUCUCUAUGACAUGUUUCCUUAUUCUGUGAGCAGAUAAUUAUAUAAUAUACAUACUGAAUGACAGUGCUUUGCAAUAUCUGAUCUAUCCCUACCAAAUCAUCCUUCAGUACUUUAUUGAAAAUGUGGGGGCUAUGCCUGUACCCCUGUGGCAAAUGACUGUACUCAUAGAACUGUCCCAUAUAUGUGAACCCAAAUAAACCCUGACUUUCUACACUAAGUGGAACACUAAAAAAUGCACCACAUAAGUCUACCACUGUAAAAUGUGUCGCAUCAGGAGGAAUUUGGGCUAACAAGGUAUGCGGGUCUGGCACUUCCGCUGGAAAGUCAGUCACUACCUCAUUCACCGCUCUUAAAUCAUGAACCACACGAUAAAUUUCAUCUGAUUUUUUCACAGGCAACAAAGGUGUGUUACUCUGAGGAUUUUUUGUUGUCCUUAAAACACCUGCUUUCGAAAGUCCUUUAAUUUGUGGUUCGAUUCCUUGGAUUGCUUCAUCUUUCAAUGGAUACUGAUUCUUCCAAGGAGGUCUGGCUCCUGGUCGAAGUUCAACUUUCACCGGUUGGGCUGAUUUCACAAGUCCAAUAUCGGUACUGUGUUGAGACCACAAACAUUCUGGAACUUGUUGCAACAUCUCCUCUGUCAUAAGGUCUGAAUCCAUCUUCGCACUGCAAAUAGAUUCAUGUGUCAUCCGUACAGCUUGUGGCUCUCCUUGUCCUUGAGCCGAAAUCAUUAUUUUGAGAAAUCGCUGAUCUUCACUCCUCCAAAUCGCCAAAUUCUCUUUCAUCGGUACGAAAACAGCUUUCUCUGCUUCUGUCAUAAUUUCUCCUAUUUGCUUCUGCUCAUAGCCUUCAGAAACCAACAAGGUCACAUGUGGCACACUCUUCUCAAUCUCAAAUUCUUUAUCCAGAUAAUCAUCUGUGUUUAUCUUCAUAGCUGCUCCUUGUGGUCCUAAAAUUAUGCAACAUGAGCUGAGUUGAACUUUCUUUGGUUGAUGACCUCUGAGUCUGAUUGGGCAGCAUUCUUGAAAUACUUGAGCGUACAAUGAAAUGGAUAUUCCGGAAGCCUCGCAUCUGGCAUGUUUGUCACAAUGAAUUUCUCCCAUAUCUUAGCCUGCUUCAAAAAAUCUUCACUGAGAUUCCCAAUCCAGAAUACUGAAGAAGAAUCCAUCUCUGUCGUCAUCAACAAUUGGUAAACCUUUUCCUUUGGCACUUCUACCAGACAGCCGUCUGGUGUACAUUUUAUUGUAGAGUUCAAUUUACACAAUGCAUCUCUUCCCAACAAUGCAAUAGGUGUAUGUUCUGAUACCAGUAUGGGUAUUGUAAUUUUCUGAUUUUCAUAGCAGAGCUCAAUUGGUUCCGUAAGAGGAAUCAGCUGUUUCACUCCCUCAAAUCCGAUUGUCCUAAUUAGUUGAUUGGACAUAGGGAGAUGUGUAGCAUCUUCAGGCCGAACACAGGUAAAAGCAGCUCCGCUAUCCGCCAUCACUUCCAAUGGUCGUUUGUUUACUUUCACCUCAAUUGUUGCAUCUUUUUCUGGUCCUGAUGCUACCAGCUGACACCCCCCUUUCGGAUCUUCUGGGCACCUCUAGAAUCCUUGCUCCGGGCCCCUAUAAGGGUUCACCGGUCCUCCAGAUGAUCUUGACUGGCCCCUGUAUCUUCCUCUGAAAUUCCCUCUGGUGUUUCCUCCAGGCCCAUUACACUCACGGGCAAAGUGACCAACCUGUCCACAAUUAUAACACACUUCUGAAGAUUGCUGGAUGUAUGGCUUAAAUUUUCCUCCUCUUCCUCUUCCUAAGCCUUCUCGUCCUCUUCCUCUCCAAUUCUGUCUCUGUCCAGAAACUGGCUGUGGAUAUGAAACAACUGGUACCGCUAUUGGUGGCUGGUACAAUUGCGGUUGGAACUGGUUCGGUUGAAGCUGUGGCAGUGAUUGUUGAUUUGGUGCACACUGAUUCUGCAUAACCAAAGCUUGUUUCUUCUCCUUCUUAUUCUCCACCAGUUGUAUUUGAUUGAGUUUUCUGAGAGUUUCUUGGUCCUGUUCUUUCUGGUUGUGUUCCUUUUUCCGGUACAGAUCCACUUGAUGGGCUAUAUGAUCUGUAUAGACACCUUUUGUCAUGCUUCCAAGUCCAACCACCUCUGCCAGUUUGCUCCUUACUGGUGAGGGCAGUCCCAUCUGUAGUUUAGCUCUCAAAAUUGACUGCUCAAUUUGACUCAUAUCUGGAUCAUUUCCGGUAAUAUUUCUCCACACUUGAUGAACUCUUGACACAUAGGCUCUCGGAUUUUCUUGUUGUCCUAGUGGGUCAAUCAGAAUGUUGUCAGGAUGCACAUUUGUUGGAAACGUAUAUUUCAGUGCUCUCCACAGCCGAUUUCUACUUGCAGCCAACAAUUCAGGAUCAUUCACCGCAGUCCCCACAUAUUGAUGAAGUCCAGCUCUCUGAAAAAUUUCUCCCAAACCUGGAAUCCCAAGGAGAUUAGCCAAAAGUCCCUUAAUGUCUCCUAUGGCAGACUGUGUUCCCACCAUAAUUUCUUCCAAUUUCGAAAUCCAAGGAUAUGCUCCAUCUUGAAGAGUAGGCAGCUUCUCAAGUAUAUCUGACAUAUCGGUAUUCUGCAAAGGCUUAUACUCCAGGUUCUGUCCUCGAAUUAUCACUGGCAUCAUCUUGUUACUUGUGCUCCCUUCAUUGUAGGAUAAAUCCUCUUGAACAUGAUAUGAAGCACCUUUAAUCUCCAAGUCUUCAUCGCUGUCUCCAUCUUCACUUUCAUCAGAACUCGAAUCUCUUGUAUUCUUCUUCUUCCAACUUCCAUCACCCCUUCUUUCCGCUCUGGCCAACCUCUGUCUGAUCACAGGGUCAUAUCCACCCAUGAUCUCUUCUGAAUCACUCUGAUCAUCAUCAUCAUCAUCUUCAAGGUCCAUCCUCCUGAACCUCACUCCACCCUUAGUUUCCAGACAUCUCGUUUUCUUCUUACUUUUGGAGUUUGGAUUCAUCUUUAUGGUUGUUUCUGCUUGUCCUCUCUCUAUUAUUCGUUCAUCUUCAUCUCUGAUGCAAUAAUCACCCUCCUGAAUGAUCAUUGGAAGCUGAGGAUAGACGUCCUUAAACUCUACUUCUUCCUCGUAAGGUGGGGGUCUUUUUGCUGAAUCCAUAUGUGAGAAAGGUGUAUUGACUUCUGCCAUUAGUUUUUCUGUUAUCUUCACCUCUUUUGCCAUUUUCUCUAUAACCUCUCUCUCUUUAAUCUUUUGUACCUUUUAUCAGUUUUUGUCCUUCAUUUUCAAACAGCUUAAGAACACCCAGCUCUCUUUGUCUAUUUUCUUUACGUUGUUCCCCUUUUUUCCCCUUCUUUUGAUCUGCCUUAUACGUGGAUACAAGUACUUUCAUUAUCUUGAUGACGUCUGGGUUAAGAGUCCCUUCCACUGGCCAUGGUUGUUCAAUGUCAGGCCAACGUUUAUUCCAUUUUCCAGAUAACCUUGCAAUACCAUUAACUAGAGGAUUACUAUUUUGUACUACAUCAACAGGAGUAAUUACUUUCGUAGUUUUGAUGUCCUUUUUCCCCAUUGUAAAAACUCUUUUAUAUUCCUUUAUUGUGAAUUAUUUUAUUAUUAUUAUUAUUAUUAUUUUAAACCAAUUAAUUUGUAAACCAAAAAUACUUUAGACUAUGUAGCUUAUGUUUCCCUCCUUUUUUAAUUGUUUUAUUUAUUUAUUUAUUAAUUAAUUAAUCAAUUAAUUAAUUCAUCAAUAUAUUUUUAUUAAUUUAUUAAUUUAUUAAUUUAUUAAUUUAUUAAUUUAAUUAAUUCAUUUUUAUUUAUUAUUUUACCAAAUUAUUGAUUAGUGGCAAUCUUACCACAUCCGAUCAGGAAAAGUAAAGGAAAGUAGUCAACUUCAGAGCAAUCCAAAAAAGAAAGACCUGUUAUCCAGCAACACUACAGCACUCACAAACCAAUUGCUUAAUAAUCACCCAAUUACCUUAAUUUUACAGAAUAAUGUCAGUGCUAGAUUUCCAACACAACUCUAAUCAAAACAACUCAUUCACAAAAAACCCAAUGUGCAAUUAUCAAUUACAUCAAUUCAUCAGUCUGUUGCCAAGUCCCUGUGAAAUUGGUCACAACAUGAAAUAUUCUAGGCACACACAAUAUCCUGUAUGGGAAAGUAGGUUUUGUGGAUAGAACAGUACUGGCCUUAAUUGGACUGGAUCCGGGCAGCACACACUGUCGCGUGACGUACUGGUCAGCACCUCCUCUCUCUCUCUGUCUCCUCCUUCUCGUCUCUCACAUGACAGGAGAACAAAGAAAACAGACAACAAUUUAGUAUUUUAUGCAUACCUAUGUUCACAUUCUCGCUAAGAAAAUAGCAACAGGUAACGCAGAAUAUUUAAUACGCAAUAACAUUUUUAUUUUAUUUAUUUAUUUAAUUAUUAUUAUAUCUAUAUCUAUAUUAGAUAUAUAUUUUAAUCCGUCAACUAUCUUCUCAGUUCCAUCAAUUCAAUAGAUCUCAAUCAAAAGUUUCAUAGUCAGCAACGCCGAUUUUACAAACAGAAUACUUUUAAUAGUAUGUAAGUCUCCCCCGCCCUCGUCUCUCUGCUCUGAUUCUGCAUCUCUCCCGCACUCAGUGUAGCAGGGAGUGGCCCUUUGUGCUCUACGAACUCUAAACUAUAAACUCCUCCCCCUCAUGCUUAUUCAUUCACCAAUGCGAUUUUUCAUCAGUGAAAGGAAGGCCUCCCCAGCUAAACAACAGAAGGCAGACAGAGCAGCUGUCCCUCUGUAGCUCAGCUGGUAGAGCACGGCUCUUGUAAUGCCAGGUAGUGGGUUCGAUCCCCGGGCACUAAUUGAGACGUUAGAAAGUUGCGAAGUGGAGGUACCACCCAUACCAAACAUUUAUGCCCCCAACUUAUAGUCGCUUUGGAGAAAAGCGUCUGCUCAAUUGCAUAGUUGUGAUUAUUAUUUCCAACACAGACAACACUACCCUUAACAAAACUCCACAAACCAACACAGAACAUCAGAACACAAAUCCCUACUUCGAAGUUCUUAUCUUCACUUAUUCUAAUCUGCAGAUUUAUAGUUAUUUUUCCUUUAUCAAUUACAAAACAUCUCUAUAAACUCUUAAAAAGUCCGCCCUGUAGGCUCAUUAUAUUCUAAUAGUUGUAACGUCUCUCUUUUACUAGAUACUCUAACGUUUUUUACUUAACUUCCUUUCCAUGGGGGGGGCUCAUAUAUAGUUACAUUAUUAACAUGCUCACCAAUGGAGACCUCAUAAGAUUUGUUUAAAACCGUAACUUACAUAUUCCUUAUGAAAACAAAAACCCCUGUUCUCACCAAAAAAUAAAUAUGUAUAUAUCUCUAACAUAAAUCUUAUCAUAACAUGAGUCGACACACAGCUGAAACACAACAGAGACGUCUUUAUUUUUUUUUUUCCGCACACACACACUCUCUUUCCUAACACACACACAUGAAAAGAAUGCAUCCAUUCAUACGGUCCUCUAAAGCGUGCUACCGUCGCUCCUUAUUUCUCAUUGUUCCUGCCUAAAUUUCUGCUACCACGAGUUGCAGAUAUUCAAUGAGAGGUUACUUCGAACAUAUACCUCGUCAACUAUAUGUCGAAGGGGGUAACAUGCAAAUGAAUGUAUCUUCCACAACUCCAGUUCCCAGAACUGAUCCGAAAGUUCACUCUAGGAUUUACGGCCCAUCCUAAUGAUCGCCUCUUUUGAGGGCUUCCUUAAAUCAGCGACGUCCUAGUCGUAUACUUUUUCCUUAUUUCCUGGCCUUAUUCCUUCAUGCUAUUCCUGGACACUCCUUUUAAUUUAUUCAAGCCAAAUAUCUGUGUGCCCAGUGUUAACAAUUCCCCCUGUUUGCGUUGUUUUCAACGCAAACAAAUGUAGAAAUUUAGAACGGAUUCUUUCCCACAGCAAAUAACAGCAAAGUGCACACGCAAGUUCCAAACGGUACAUCCGCUCAACGCACACACACACAAGCACACGAACCGACCAGCGGCCAAAGUGGUGAGAAAUCCCACCUUAUUUGCCGGCGUCUUGAGCGGGAGUCACUUCGUAGCUCAUGAAUGGAACGCUGGAGAGACGCAACACGUUCCCAAAGGUCCUCGUCGCCAUUCUGUGGUGUCGAGACAAUGAUGCUGAUAUGCUGUGAUGACAAGAAAUCCGCUGACACUGUCCUUGAUUAUAAUGGUUUAUAACAUAAAAGAUUACAGUAUCAAUUUACAGACUCCUGCAGACAUCUGGAGGACAACUGAUCCAAUCUCUAAUAUGUUAUUCCUCCCCGUCCUUUGUUCCAACCAUGGUAUUUAUAAUAUGUAACAUAAUAUGGGUGGUUUUAAUAGACCAAUCCCUGGCCUUUACACAUCUGAAUCUCCUCUGUCUUAGGGGGCCCCUAUAGUAAUGUUUUCCAGAUGUUUCCGCAAGCAGAGCCAAAUUCCUCUAACACACCAUUUGCAAAAUGUCAGCAAAAUCAUAAACUGUUUAGAUACUACAUAUUUCCCCCCUUCGAGACUAAUUAAGUCUCGAAAACAAAAAGAAUAGGAUUAUGACAGAUCUUGUGUAACUUUAACAAUAAAACAAAAUGUAUGUAGUGUGAACAAAUUUUUAUGAAGUGUAAACAAAUCGUUAUGGAGUGUAAGAGCGAAAAACCUGUUUGCAAACGUCAGCAAAAUCAUAAACUGUUUAGAUACUACACCCCUUUAAAGGUGCCACAGGCCUAUUGAUAGCGGUGAGCUUUUAGCCUAUAGCUAAAUCUGUAUGUAGUUUAUUGGUAAUCCUCAGUGAUUUAAUUCUCACUUGAUCCAAUAAGACUUAGUAUGGAAAAUCUACAUCUUACCGGGUCCCUUGCUAGUGUAUAGUCAGGAAUUAAUCUUCGUGCUCUACUUUUGAAAAUUACUUUUGUAAAUAGUGACGAAAAAAAGUACUAUUGUGCCUCCAACCUCCUCUGUUUUUGUUAUUAGAAUGCCGCCUUGGAUACUGUUCUGUUUCAAGUAUCUGCCAAAGACGCCGACGCUGGACUCGCCGCUGUUGUAAGGUACAGCAUUGACGAGGUAAGCGUUACUUUUGAACACAAUUCAGAUUUUCUGUAUCGAUACACAAGUGAACCUGAAGCGAAACAUCAACAGUGAACGUAGAACCACGUUACAUCCCCAACAUUAGUCAUGUAGCAGAUAAUAAUAAUAAAAGCCCUUCUCAACAGACAUUGGGGCAAAUUAAAAACAGACUCCAUUUUAUUUCAACCCAACUCUCUCCUCAUUUCUAGGCUAGUCCAAGUGAUGGACUGACUCAUUUUCUUAUCAAUGAGAAUAAUGGCGAAGUCAAACUGACUAAAAAACUGAGUUUUACCAGUUUGAGCACUUUCUAUCAGCUGAAGAUCAAAGCAACUGUAAGUAGCCACUUCUCAACACUUCUCUCUAUUCGCUGUUGUAUCUUCACUAGUCACUCUCACUUGUCACUCAUUGGAAGCGGUUUUCUAGAUUCCUGACAAAAAAAAGUUAAUUCUAGGAUUGAUCGUGCUUUUUGGUCCAGUUGUGGGCUUAAUCUGAGAAACUGGCGUUUGUGAUUGUGUUUACCCCUCACAGGAUGGUGGAGGCCCUGCGUAUAAUGGAGAUACUGUUUAUCAGUCCAACACUGCCUUUGCCUUCAUCACCGUAGUGGACGUCCCAGACCUGGAUCCCCAGUUUCUAAGCACUCCUUACGCGACCGCUGUCAAUGAGCAUUCUCCCGUGGUGAGUCAAAUUCAAUGGCACUUUCCCUUUAGUACAGAGCUCAACCGCCUCAGGAUGUGAAACAAUUCUCACACCGUGUGUUCUACCAACAGCAAAGUCCUUUUUUUAUUUGUUUGUUGUUGUACACGUCAGCAGUCCUGUAUCUAUUCCUAAAUAGAUAAACAGUUGUAAAAGUAAAGGUACGGACCAAUAAAGUCCCAAAUGGCACCCUAUUCCCUAUCUGGUGUACUACUUUUAUUCAGGGACAUUUACAACUUUUGGGGUGCCAAAUGGGACAAAGCCUUUGUUGACGUCAGCCUUGAACUCUACUGUGUCUCUUUUUCAUUUCAGGGCCAGUCUGUGUUUAAAGUGCGCGCAAUUGAUCAGGACACAGGAAUCAAUGAUGACAUCACCUACAGCAUUGAAGGUGAGCAAAACUACAUCUCUGAAACAUCUGCUCAUUUCAGGUUGUUAGCGGAACAUCAGCAUAAACACUGUCUAUUGCCAUUGUGCUGACAACUCUUUAAAAAAAAAAUUACACCCUUUUUCUCCCCAAUUUCGAUCUCAUCGCAGCAACUCCCCAACGGGCUAGGGAGGCAAAGGUCGAGUCAUGUGUCCUCCGAAACAUGACCCGCCAAACCGCGCUUCUUAACACCUGCCCUCUUAACCCGGAAGCCAGCCGCACCAAUGUGUCGGAGGAAACACCGUUCACCUGACGACCGAGGUCAGCCCGCAUGUGCCCGGCCCACCACAAGGAUUCGCUAGAGCGCGAUGAGCCAAGUAAAGCACCCACCCCGGCCAAACCCUCCCCUAACCCGGACGACGCUGGGCCAAUUGUGCGACGCCCCUAUGGGACUCCCGAUCACGGCCCGUUGUGAUACAGCCCGGGGUCGAACCCGGGUCUGUAGUGACGCCUCUAGCACUGCCAUGCAGUGCCUUAGACCUCUGCUCCAUUCGUGAGGCCCCGUGCUGACAACUCUUGAAAAUAUAAGGGGGGGAAAAAAAAUCUAAUUUGUUGGUAUAAUGAUGAAGAUUGGACUCUGAUAUAUGUUUUGUUAUUUUGCAGGUACCAAUGACCUGUUUGAGAUCGCAGCCAGUGAUGGAAUCAUAUCUGUCAAAAGUGAUAUUGACAGAGAGGCUUUGUUGGACAUCAAUUUUGGCGUUGUCCUUGAAGUGACGGUGUGCUCUUAUUGGUUAAUCCUUCACAUCAUUUCCAACAGUCGUUAUCCAAAAGACAAUAUUUAAUUUUCGAGCUGACCUACUGUUAAUAAAACUAUAAUUCCAGGCAACGGAGGUGAAUCCAAGUGUCCUGGGGACCCAAGCCCACACCGCUACUGAGGUGCGGAUUACCAUCGGUGACAUCAACGACAACAAGCCUAAAUUUUAUAGCUGCGGCGUGAAUCCCUCCGAUCCCUGCGUGGAGGCCAGCAGCUUCACGGCCAACAUCUUUGAGCACUCAUCCAUGGGUGUUCCAGUCAACGGCCUCAACAUCAAAGCCAAAGAUCUGGAUCAGGUCAGAGCCCUUUAUAAUAAAUAGGGUUGCAACAUUUUCGGAUUUUCUAUAAAUCCUGGUUGGAAGAUUCCCGGAAUUAGGAGGGAAAAAGGAAUAAUGAAUAAUGAAAUCUGGAAUCCUCUGGAUUACUGGAAAACCUGGAAAACCUGGGCAUUGUUGGAAAGUUACCUUAAAUUUGCAACCCUAAUCACAAAAUGUAUUUUUUUUUAUAAAUAACUGUGAAAUUCAUGUGGGGACCAGUGUUUACUCAGACCUGAAAAUCGAUCAUCUGUAUUCUGAUGUAGGGAGAAAAUGGAACAUUCGAACUAAGCCUUGCUGGACUAGACAAGGAUGCGUUCAGUGUGUCGCCACAGAUUGCCGACUCAGAAAGCCUAGUUCAGAUCAUGGUCAAGAACUCCCAGGAUGUGGACUACGAGACGAAGACAUCAAUGGUUGUCCAGGUAAAAAGUACAACUUCCAAAAAAAAAAAAAAAGCGUCCCAGAUGACACCCUAUUCCCUAUUUAGUACACUACUUUUCACCAAAAGAAGGGUACUACAGUAUGAAGGGAACAGGGUGCCAUUUGGAACAAAGUCUUUAUCGUCCAGGUAAUGUGGGAAAUGUCUUUACUGUAAUUUGAUUGACUAACACCAAAGACUAACGCCAUUGUCAAAUCCUCAAGAACCACCUUUUGUCAUCAUAAUCAUUCAAAUACAUUUGACAACAUUUUCAAAAGAAGAUGUGUGACAAGUUGAUUUGAAGAAUUCAACCAGAUAAACUAAGUGGUUUGGAAUGUGUCCAAUGCCAGAAUUAAACCCAGCGUAGCUGAAACAGGGUUUGUGUAGUUAAGACGGGCAAACAUCCAUAGGAUCCAUUGCACACAGGGUGAUUACUGCUGUUCAAGGAGGUAGCAUUGCACCCUUCACACGGUAUAGCCAGGUGAACUUCGAACACGCGAGAGACAUGUAAUGGUCUCUACCAGUCCGGUUGCCAAGCUGCAGACCAUGGUAUAAUGACACCGCAUGAUCAGCAAUACAUUGUACACAGAAUUAUUUUGGGACGAUCAUAUCACCAUUUUCAAAAACCAACACUCUGUUUCAAAUGGCACCCUCUUCACCAAAUAGUGCACAGCUUUUUAACAUGAGGUUUACUUAUUGAUAUUCACCACAAAGAACAACAUUCUUACUCUGUCUGAAAGCGUGUGUUUAAAAGUGAGGUAAGUCGUGGUUGUUUUUCCUGUGCAGAUUAUCGCCAAGGAUCCCUCCAAUACGGUCGACUGCUGUUCCAUGGCUAUAGUCACCAUUCAGAUCACAGACGUUAAUGACAACAGCCCCACGUUCCCCCACGAAACCUACAACAUCAAGGUUGAUGAGCACAGUGCUAAUGGAACCACUGUGGGCACGAUAACAGUAGGUCCCAUGUUAUUGGUACCAGUCUAACAGUAGGUCCAUGUUAUUGGUACCAGUCUAACAGUAGGUCCAUGUUAUUGGUACCAGUCUAACAGUAGGUCCAUGUUAUUGGUACCAGUCUACAGGUCCAUGUUAUUGGUACCAGUCUAACAGUAGGUCCAUGUUAUUGGUACCAGUCUAACAGUAGGUCCAUGUUAUUGGUACCAGUCUAGCUGGAAUACAACCUAUGUGCAAAUGCGCACUGUGUAUUUGAUUUGAACAGUGUCUUAAAGUAUCCGGUGUUAACUCACUCAACCCAGGAGACACCGCUAUGUAAUUCAAAAAACACUUGCAAUAAAAUGUGAAUUGGCCUUUGUUUAAAUUAUAGCCUCUGUUUCGGGUUGUUGCUGCUAAAUGCAUUGGAAAUACAAACACAAAACUCUACUCCCCCCCCAGGCAACCGAUCCCGACACUAUGGAUGUUGGCAACAUCAGAUACAGACUUCUUCCAGACAGCGUGUACGUACACUGCAAGCCAUUAUACUGUAUGCUUUCUUAUGUCUUUAUGAUUCUGUAUUAAUUUACUUCCCUUUAUAAUAGGCUUUCAUACAAUGUAUAACUUUUGAUGUUGUCUGACGUUGGGGUGCCAAAGUUAGUGAAACGAGACCCAAUGCAUGAGAACUAUAAACUGAAAGGGAUUUCUGAUUUUUCAGACUAAAGUACUUCGAUGUGAAUGCAAGGACAGGGAGGAUCUUUGUGACAAACAGCAAACUGAUUGACCGCGAGGUGAUCUCCCUGCAUUCUCCAACUCUGCAAGCAAGAGACCAGGCCAACAACACAGGGACCACUGUGUUAGAAAUCGCACUGACAGACAUCAACGACCAGACACCACAGUUCAACAGAGAAUCCUACGUUGACUAUGUGAAAGAGGGCUCAAACCUGAGAAUUCAAGUACAGGUCAGUAUCUGCGUCUCUAUUCAAGUGGGUUUCAAACCUCUCCUCAGACGUUUCAUAAUUCUGUUGUAGCCCUGAACUAGCUCAACUGAUUCACCUAAUCAAGUGCUUGAUGAUUUAUUUGACAAGUUGAAUCCAAGUGUGGAAUAAGCAUUGUAGAUAAGAAUUUGUUCUAAAUUGACACCUGUAUCAAUAAAGGUGAAAUAAAUAAAAAACAUGGAACGCCUGGGGGUCCCCGACGAGAGGUUAGCUAACCCCUGCUCCACACCACAGUGUGUCCAACUCAUUCCACGGAGGGGUGAGAGCUUGCAGGUUUUCACUUAUCCCUUGGACUUGAUUGAUCAAUUAAGGUCAGUGAUUAGUAAGGUCAGUGAUUAGUAAGGUCAGUGAUUAGUAAGGUCAGUGAUUAGUAAGGUCAGUGAUUAGUAACGUCAGUGAUUAGUAAGGUCAGUGAUUAGUAAGGUCAGUGAUUAGGUAGGAACUCCCCUCACCUGGUGGUCUAGGUCUUCAUUUGACACAAAUUGAAAGGAUAUAACAACAUCCAGCAGCCACUGGGGCCCUCCAUGGAAUGAGUUUGAGACCUCUGCUCUACACGCAGUAACCAAAGGGUUAAAACCGCUCUACAGCUGACCCCUAGACCCGUAGACCCGGAACAUUCCAGUAACGUUCCUAAAAUUCCCAGGUUUUUGUAAAAUCCAGGAAUCUUCCAUCUGGGAUUUCUGGAAAACCUAGGAAUUUGGGGAAAGGUUACCAGAAUUGUGCUACCUAGGUUGUUGAUGAUUUUCUUCCUCCUUCUCGUUUUUCAGGCUACUGACGGAGAUGAGUCACCCAACAGCGAGAUCGAGUACGGAAUAGUGACCAGUGACUACAGUGCCAACUUCACCAUUGACCCCACCACAGGCUGGUUGGAGAACAAUGGCCCGCUAGACAGAGAGGCCAUGCAGGACAAGGAUAAUGGGCAGGUUAAGUUAAACGUGACAGCAACUGACAAAGGCAGCCCACCACUGUCCACCUGGGGGCCAGUCGUCAUCAAUGUGGAGGUAAGAUCACCGUCCAUCUCUCACAAACCUUUGACAAUGAAUGGAACAAGUGCACAGACAGGGUGUAUUGGUACCUGGGCACACCCCCUUUUAUUCAUUUUGAUUUAGAAGGCUGUACUGAUCCUAGAUCAGCAUUUUUUACUCUGAGAAGCUUUAUGCAAAUGGGACCAGACCUUGUAUCUGUUUUUAGACUGGAUAGAUCUUUCGACAGAUUGAUUGGUGCAGUUUUUAAUGUGUCUUCUGGAGGUGAUCAGAAGUAUGAGGAAGGCUCCUUGUAUCUUUGUCAACCUCAUGAACAUGCGUUGUAAAAAAAAACUUAGCUGUCUUCUACUUUCCAACCUAGGACAUCAACGACAACAUACCGAAGUUUAGAAAAACUUCUUACACAUUCUCAGUGGAGGAGGGUAAGAAAGGUAAGCGCGUUUCUUUUUGUUGAAAUCAGACAUUUUGCCGCCAUUACCCUGAUUAAAACUCCAGGGAGGAUGUGGUUUUAGUCCCCCUUCUACUCAGAAAAACACUUGCCAUGUUUUCCACUUGCCAUGCUGUCAUUGUGAAUAGGAAUUUGUUCUUAACUGACUUGCUUGGUUGAUAAUAAAGAUUUAAUCAUCUACCAAAACAUCUAGCUAAUCAUGAAUUCAAAAACGUAAGGCCGUCUCUGUCUGUCUCCAACAGCUGAAUUCGUUGGCUCCGUCCAGGCAGUGGAUUUAGACCAAACUAUUGACCACAACCGCAUCUCCUUCAGCAUCGUCAGUGGAAGCUUUGGACAAUUCAUCAUCCGAACCUUCAAAGACAAACCCGACGGUUACAUCGGUAACAUCACGGUCGACCCGGACAUCGAGCUAGACUACGAAAGCAGCGUCAAGACCUUCAGUCUGAAAGCGGAGGCCACGGACCUGGGAUCGAUGAAGGACACCGUAACCGUGGAGGUGAUUGUGUUGGAUGUGAAUGAUGAGAGGCCCCAGUUCAAGCCCAUCGGCCCGCUGCUCGUAAAGGAGAACACCACUAUCACUGAAGCCGUGGGAAACAUCGAGGCGGUGGACCUGGACAGUAAUCACUCUCUGGUCUACCAGCUGGUCUCCAGUAGGUGCCGCUGUAAUGGCUCCCUGUCGUUGGGCCCCUGCUCAGAGGACUGGUUCAACCUGGAGACCACAGGGGAGAUCAUGCUCAGCGAGGACUUUGUGAUCGACUAUGAGAUGUGUGAGCAGGUUGAGCUGGAGGUCCAGGUGGUGGAUGAGUUCACCCAGAAAGGGGAGAACAACAGCGCAACACCAGGUUGGUUCAACUGGGUUUGGUACUUCUGUUUUGGUCUAGGGUUGUAAAAUUCCCAGGUUGAAAGAUUCCCUGGGAAAAGACUCCCGGGAUCAGGAGGGAAAAUGCAGAAACUCCUAUUCUGUAACAUUACUGUCGUUAAUAUCUACGUUUGUAACUUUAAUAUCUUUCUAAUCAUUUCAAAUUAAUUUCAGGGCGCAUUGUGAUCAACAUUGAAGACAUCAAUGACAACGCCCCUGCGUUCGACACAAUAGAUUCCUUAUAUGGUAAAUAUGUUUCUAAACUUCGGCACAUUGUAUGGUAAAUCUGAAUACCGUAUUUUUUUUCAAUAUAUAAUAACAAUAAAGUUAUUUUAUUAUAUUCAUCUAGGUAGCUACAGAUUGACUUAACAGUGUUCUUGACAACCUUUUCCCCUCUACAGUUGUGGUGUCAGAGAGUGCCUCUGUAGGCUCAGUAAUCGCCAGUGUCACUGUGAGUAUAACUGUUUGAAAUGUACAACGUCAGUUAUUUUCUAUUUGAUAAGGUAUAUCAAAAUAAGUCCAGGGGCGGGUGUGUUUUUGUUUUGUUUUUGAAUCUCAGAAUGUAGCUUUAAAAGGUAGACUCUGCAAUUUGACAUUAUACACAAUGGGACAGCUUCUUGCUAUGCAGAAAACAACAACAACAACAACAUUUUAAUCUAAUAUAAAGUAUACCUUUUAAUACAUUUAACUUGCCGGUUGUGAUGUGAGUUAUGAAUUCCAGUCUUCCUUUUUUCCUUCCAUAGGCUACAGACCGUGAUUCCGGGAAGAAUAGGCUAAUUACAUUUUCGAUAACAAGUGUGCAAUUCAGGGAUGACGUCAACAAUAAAACGACUAACGUGGACAGAGUGUUUCGAGUUGUCACCACACAGGAAGACGAUAAAUACGUUGGAAAUAUUCAGUGAGUGUACAGUUGAAGGUCGGAAGUUUACAUACACCUUAGCCAAAUACAUUUAAACUCAGUUUUUCACAAUUCCUGACAUUUAAUCCUAGUAAAAAUUCCCUGUCUUAGGUCAGUUAGGAUCACCGCUUUAUUUUAAGAAUGUGAAAUGUCAGAAUAAUAGUUGAGAGAAUGAUUUAUUUUCUGCUUUUAUUUCUUUCAUCACAUUCCCAGUGGGUCAGAAGUUUACAUACACUCAAUUAGUAUUUGGUAGCAUUGCCUUUAAAUUGUUUAACUUGGGUAAAACGUUUCAGGUAGCCUUCCACAAGUUUCCCACAAUAAGUUGGGUGAAUUUUGGCCCAUUCCUCCUGACAGAGCUGGUGUAACGGAGUCAGGUUUGUAGGCCUCCUUGCUCGCACACGCUUUUUCAGUUCUGCCCACACAUUUUCUAUAGGAUUGAGGUCAUGGCUUUGUGAUGGCCACUCCAAUACCUUGACUUUGUUUGUCCUUAAGCCAUUUUGCCACAACUUUGGAAGUAUGCUUGGGGUCAUUGUCCAUUUGGAAGACCCAUUUCCGACCAAGCUGUAACUUCCUGACUGAUGUCUUGAGAUGUUGCUUUAAUAUAUCCACAUAAUUUUCCUUCCUCGUGAUGCCAUCUAUUUUGUGAAGUGCACCAGUCCUUCCUGCAGCAAAGCACCCCCACAGCAUGAUGCUGCCACCCCCGUGCUUCACGGUUGGGAUGGUGUUCUUCGGCUUGCAAGCAUACCACUUUUUCCUCCAAACAUAACGAUGGUCAUUAUGGCCAAACAGUUCUAUUUUUGUUUCAUCAGACCAGAGGACAUUUCUCCAAAAAGUAUGAUCUUUGUCCCCAUGUGCAGUUGCAAACCGUAGUCUGGCUUUUUUAUGGCGGUUUUGAAGCAGUGGCUUCUUCCUUGCUGAGCGGCUUUCAGUUUAUGUAGAUAUAGGACUCGUUUUACUGUGGAUAUAGAUACUUUUGGUACCUGUUUCCCCCAGCAUCUUUACAAGGUCCUUUGCCUGUUGUUCUGGGAUUGUUUUGCACACCAAAAUACGUUCAGCUCUAGGAGACAGAAAGCGUCUCCUUCCUGAGCGGUAUGACGGCUGCGUGGUCCCAUGGUGUUUAUACUUGCGUACUAUUGUUUGUACAGAUGAACGUGGUACCUUCAGGCAUUUGGAAAUUGCGCCCAAGGAUGAACCAGACUUGUGGAGGUCUACAAUUUUUCUUCUGAGGUCUUGGCUGAUUUAUUUUGAUUUUCCCAUGAUGUCAAGCAAAGAGGCACUGUGCUUGAAGGUAGGCCUUGAAAUAUAUCCACAGGUACACCUCCAAUUGACUCAAAUUAUGUCAAUUAGCCUAUCAGAAGCUUCUAAAGCUAUGACAUCAUUUUCUGGAAUUUUCCAAGCUGUUUAAAGGCACAGUCAACUUAGUGUAUGUAAACUUCUGACCCACUGAAUUGCGAUACAGUGAAUUAUAAGUGAAAUAAUAUGUCUGUAAACAACGGUUGGAAAAAUUACUUGUGUCAUGCACAAAGUAGAUGUCCUAACCGACUUGCCAACACUCUUUGUGGAGUGGUUUGAAAAACAAAUUUGAAUGACUCCAACCUAAGUUGUAUGUAAACUUCCGACUUCAACUGUAAAUGCUGUCCCGCCAAGUCAUGUUUUUAAUUUCUGAUUUUCACUAUAAUUAAUAGCCAUUAUGCGACAAAAAGUGAAAUGAUUUGUUAGGUUUUUAUGCUGUUAGUUUGGAUACAGAAGAAUACCAGUCUUUCAACGUUGCAGGAACGAUGAAGCGCUAAAUAUCGAUGUUAAGGAAAGUAUUUGGUGACGUUGGGGCAAACUAACACUGAAGAAACCGAAACUCUUCUCUGAAACCAAACUGGAGGCAGGUGUAAAACUACUGUAAUUCAUCAAAGGUGUUGUGGUUACAUUAGUGAACAUAUUUCAUUCUCUGUUCUUACUGUUCUCUCUUACCCUCUGUCUGUUCUGUCUGGUCUGUCGUCUGUCCUGUCUGUCUGUCUGUCUGUCUGUCUGUCUGUCGGUCUGUCUGUCUGUCUGUCUGUCUGUCUGUCUGUCUGUCUGUCUGUCUGUCUGUCUGUCCUGUCUGUCGUCUGUCUGCCUGUCUGUCUGUCUGCUGACUGUCCCUGCCUGCCUGUCUGUCUGUCUUCUGUCUGCCCUGUCUGCCCUGCCUGUCUGCCUGCCUGUCUUCCUGCCUGCCUGUCUGUCUGUCUGCCUGCCUGCCUGCCUGCCUGUCUGUCUGUGUGUCUGUCUGUCUGCCUGUCUGCCUGUCUAUCUGUCUGCCUGUCUAACACUUUGUUUCAUGUUCCCCUCUCAGAUCUUCACCAGUUGACAGGAGCUUAAAGUCAGCUUUUGUUUUCAAAAACAGUGGAAGAAGUUAAAGCGGCCCAAAGUCAGAUCGUAACUGUAAGAGAUCUUUUACUGCAUAUAUUCACUAUAUUACAAAAUGUAGCAUGAAAAAGGUAGUAGUAACAUAAUAAAUAUAGACAUGAUAAUUAUAUUAAUUAAUCUUAUACGUUUAACCAUCAUGUGGAAGUCCAUAUAGGAAGACUUCAGAUUUAAAAUGAUCGUUGAACAAGUUGUUUUAACCACAGCGCUGGGAUCAUAACAUGAAGAGUACUUUAUACAAUGUUACCUUAGCAGGAUUUCACUGCAGACCAACACAGACGAAAGUGGAAGUUAAGAUAGGGCCUGAAACCAGGCAGUCCGGAAACCAGUAGGUUAGGCUGAACCAGGCAGUCCGAAAACCAGGUAGGUUAGGCUGUCCAGGCAGCUCCAGAAACCAGGUAGGUUGUCUGUGAACCAGGCACAGUCCAAGAAACAGGUAGGCUUAGGGCUGAACCAGGCCACGUACGGAAACCAGGUAGCGUUAGGGAUGUGAUCCAGGCAGCUCGGAACCAGGUAGGUUAGGAGCUGAUCCAGCAGUCUGCAAAACAGGUCGGUUAGGCUGAACCAGGCAGUCCAGAACACAGAGUAGGUCUAGGGCCCCUGUGAUCCAGACGCAGUCCGGAAACCAGUAGGUUAGGAGGCUGAUACAGGCAGCUCCAGGAAACCAGGUAGGUUAGCGGCUGAACCAGCUGUCCGGAAACCAGGUAGGUUAGGGCUGAGGCUGAUCCAGGCAAUCCGGAAACAAAGGGUUAAUGAAUCACACGACUACCAGGGCCGCGGGUCAGCUAUCCACUUGCAAUUCAGUUCAAUCAGAAAGUAAACCAAAUUCCAAAUUCCACAUUUUCCUAAUUGAGGACAGCAUUGAGAUAAUUGCCGAAUUGCGAAUUCAGUUUUAGUACUUCCUAUUGACUUGGAAUUGACCCCACCCCUGACCACUACAUACGAUCUGUAUUCUUCUUCCUUCUGAUGAACAAAAUAGAGCCACAUUACGUCGAGCACCAUUCAGUGUGUGUGCUGAUCUGUAGUCACGACUCAAGUAGUUUUAGAAAUACAUCAUUAAAAAGAGUGAAAAAUUAAGUUCAAAAAAGAAAAUCCUUCAUCAUUUUGCAGGGCGGCUGGCGAUACUAUAAUGGCAAGCGAUGUAACUUGUGA